CAGCAGCUCUGUGUCUAUCUCUGUCUAACCCCUUAGAAAUUCGCCUCUACGUACAGCAAGAAAAGAAAAUAGCAUGGAUUCUUCUUCUUCUUCAUCUUCUACUCCAGUUUAUGUCCCUCGAUGGACACCAAGCCCAACUCAAACAAAGUCGCUUCUGAAAGAAUCCGUGACAAGCAGUGCAGGGUUUCAUGAUGAUUUAGAGAUGCAAAGCGUAGCUUCAGAAGAAGAAGAUAGCGCUAAGCAAAUGUUCCCAUUUAACAUUGCUCAUUUCACUCCUGGUCCUCACCAUUUAGAGACUCGUGGGGCAUCAAUGUCAUCAUCAUCAUCGUCUCUACGGUCUGGUUCUCAAGUUACAAAAUCAUUUGGAGGAGAACAGGACAAUUACGUUGCUGGUUUUGUGUCAAAUAGGGAAGGGCUUUUCUUGACAUGGAAGGAUCUGUGGGUUACGGUGCCUGAUGGGAAAAAAGGGAGGCGCCCUAUAAUUCAGGGCCUGACUGGGUAUGCUGAACCUGGAGAGAUGCUGGCUAUCAUGGGUCCCUCUGGCUGUGGCAAGUCAACUCUCUUGGAUUCUUUGGCAGGGAGAUUAAGUUCAAAUACGCAGCAAACUGGGAAGAUCUUCAUUAAUGGACGCAAAGAAACUCUUGCUUUUGGAACUUCGGCCUAUGUGACUCAGGAUGACACCUUAAUGACAACACUUACAGUAAGGGAAGUUGUGUACUACUCUGCACAACUCCAACUGCCUGAUUCAAUGUCAAAUUUCGAGAAGAAAGAAAGGGCUGAGAUGACUAUAAAGGAGAUGGGGUUGCAAGACUCCAUGGACACAAGAAUAGGAGGGUGGAGCAUAAAAGGCCUUAGUGGUGGACAAAAGAGAAGGGUUAGCAUUUGUAUUGAAAUAUUGACGCGCCCAAAGCUUCUUUUCCUUGACGAGCCAACUAGUGGGCUAGACAGUGCAGCGUCUUUCCAUGUCAUGAGCAGAAUCGUUAAGCUAGCUUGUCAAGAUGGAAGGACUGUUAUUGCAUCAAUCCAUCAACCAAGCAGUGAAGUUUUUGAGCUCUUCAGCAAUCUCUGCCUCCUUUCUACUGGCAUGAUAGUCUAUUUUGGAUCCAUUUCAAUGGCAAAGGAGUUUUUUGCUUCCAAUGGCUUCCCAUGCCCAACUCUGAGAAACCCAUCUGAUCACUAUCUUAGAACUAUCAAUAAGGACUUUGAUGCAGGCAUCAUACAAGGCCCUGAUGGUACAACAAGCACUGAGGAAGUCAUUAAUAUUCUCGUCAAUUCAUACAAGUCAUCUGGAACUUUUCAAGAAGUUCAGCGCCUGGUAUCUAAGAUAUUCCAACAGAAUGGAGGAACUUUGGAGAAGAAGGGAAGCCAAGCAAGUUUCAUUACACAAUGCCUAGUUUUGACAAGUAGAUCCUUUGUGAACAUGUAUCGUGAUCUAGGCUAUUACUGGCUUCGGCUUGCAAUCUAUAUUGCGUUGUGUUUAUGUGUUGGAACUAUCUUCCAUGACAUUGGCUUCACUUUUGGUUCCAUUCAGGCAAGAGGUUCAAUGCUGAUGUUUGUUGCGGCUUUUCUAACCUUUAUGGCAAUUGGUGGAUUCCCUUCUUUUGUAGAGGACAUGAAGAUCUUUGGGCGAGAAAGAUUGAAUGGGCACUAUGGUGUUGGCGCAUAUGUGAUUGGAAACACAUUUUCUUCCAUUCCUUACUUGCUUAUAAUCUCUCUACUUCCAGGAGCAAUAGCCUAUUACCUAGUUGGCCUGCAAAAGAGUUUUGAACACUUUGCCUACUUUUCAUUGGUCCUCUUUGUGUGCAUGAUGCUGGUUGAAAGCUUAAUGAUGAUUGUUGCGAGUAUAGUGCCAGAUUUCCUCAUGGGUAUCAUUACUGGUGCUGGAAUACAAGGUGUGAUGAUGCUUAAUGGAGGUUUCUUCCGACUACCGAAUGAUCUUCCUAACCCUUUUUGGAGAUACCCAAUGUACUACAUUGCAUUCCAUAAGUAUGCAAACCAAGGAUUCUACAAAAAUGAGUUUGAAGGACUAACAUUCCCUAAUAACCUAGCAAAUGGACCACCUACCAUCACUGGUGAAGAAAUCUUGCGAAACACUUGGCAAGUGGAGAUGGGCUACUCUAAGUGGAUUGAUCUUGCUAUUUUGUUUGGGAUGGUGGUUUUAUAUCGACUUAUAUUUUUGGUAAUUGUAAAGACUAUUGAAAAGGUUAAACGUCGUUAAAGCUCAUAGAACAUGGACCUCCCAAGCAUUGAAAUAGAUCAUAGAGAACUCAUAAUCCACACGUUCAUCAAGCAAAGUAGCAGUGUCUUCCUAAUAAUUUGAAGUUGCACAUAUGCUCGGUUUGUUUCAGCAUUAACGUUUUUUGAAAAAUUGGUCAUUUUUCAAAGAAUAUUUUUUGGAAAAUUA